AUGGCUGAGAGUUCACAGCCACGGGAUUCGAAGAAGGGAAAGACCCUUGUCAUACCUGAGGUGUUCCCCGAAGAUCCGGACGAGAAAGUACCUUUCUCGGCCAGGAUUCUAAAUGAAAGACUGCCUAAAGGUUAUAGAGCCCCGUCGAUCGGAGAAUAUGACGAGAGCAAGGAUCCGGAAGAGCACUUGCGAAAAUUCAAAAACGCAGCCCUGCUGCACCAAUAUAGCGAUGCUGUUAAAUGCAGAGUCUUCCUGAAUACUUUAUCUGGUUCAGGCUUAAAAUGGUUCGAUGGGUUACCUCAAGGGUCCAUCACCUGUUUUCUGGACUUCAAAACGGCUUUUCUGCGCCGAUUUGCUAGCAGUAAGAAAUAUCAGAAGACAGAUCAUUGGCUUUUCGCUCUAAAGCAGGGAGAUUCUGAUGAGCGCUUCCUCUCAUGGAUUGGGGGAGGGAGAAUUCUUCAGAGGUGGAAGAAGCACAAGCAGCUCGAAGGAAGGCCGAAAGACCACUUCCUUCCACCAACAAGCGAGAAAGAAGAGCGCCUCAACCACCCCCUCAACCUUUACCGCGAGUCCGGGAAGCCAGACCUGCCUUUCAUCACCGGUCUGAAAUUCGACCUGCCCCUCGAGUUGCUGCUGUACAUAUCCCCCGACCAGGGCCAGGGAUUCGCUCGAGACUCCAAGCGGGCUGCUGGGAUGAGAUUGCCUCCGCCCGAGCUAGCUCCUCAGUUGAUCAAGAUGAUGGAGGAACAAAGGGGGGCAAGACAGGUCGGACAACCUCGUCCCGACCUCGCAGAACCUAGCACUCAUCAGCUUGGCCGGGGAAAAGAGCCAGAAGGAUCACGGAAGGUCGAGAACAGAGGUAAUGCAGCUAUCAGAGAGAUCGGCAUGAUCUCUGGAGGGCCGACUGAUGGAGAUUCAGGGAGGGCACGUAAGUCUCAUGUUCGGCGCUUGGAGGUGCAUUCCGUCGGAUGCAGUAAGGAGCAAGCUGCUGGCCCUGCUAUUAGCUUUGGGCCAGCAGACCUGGAGGGCCUGGAGUUGCCUCAUGACGAUGCGCUCAUCAUCAAAGCAAUAAUUUCCAAUAGCCGAGUGGCUCGGGUUUUUGUUGACACUGGGAGCUCGGUCAACAUUUUAUUUAGGACUGCAUUUGAAGAGAUGCAGAUUGAUGCUGCUGAACUUCAGCAAGUAGCUACAUGUUUAUAUGGAUUCACAGGCAAUGAAGUGAAGCCUAUGGGUUAG